GUUGUUUUCUAAUACAGUUUUUUAGUACAAAAAAUUAUUCUAAAAAACUAUUUUAAGAAGCAGUACAAAAGCUGUCCCAAAGUAAGCCUUAAUGUUAGUUAGAUAUAAGUUAUAAGGCUACUGAUUAUGAUUAGUUUUAUACUAGUAAGCCUUAUAUCAAAGCCAACUUAAGCAUUCUGUUCGUCUUGUUUAAAUUCACAAAACUAGUGAUUGCUUUAAAAUUUCUACAAAUUUAUCUUUUGAAAUCAAUUAAUAUAAUAAAGUGUAGUCCACAGAGGUGUUGAGAUUAACUGUAUUUGAUUCAUCAUUGCUAGCCACAUUUUCGGGAAGCAGCCAUGGUGGAUCCCAAGGAAGCAGGAUGAGAAGUUCAAGUAGAGGAUUGUAUGCCACAGGAUCUAAUCCAUCCCAAAAACAACCUGAUUGGGGAAGGAGGAUUUGGGACAGUUUACAAAGGAAAUCUUGAUGAUGGAACCGUCGUCGCAGUUAAACGCGCCAAGAUGGGAGUCCGCGAUAACUGUCGGAAUAUGGAGUUCCAGACUGAGAUAAAAACCUUGGCUCGUGUAGAGCAUUUCAAUCUAGUCAGGUUCAUUGGAUAUGUAGAGCAAGAUGGAGAGAAAGUAGUAGUUGUUGAAUAUGUACCUAAUGGAACUCUGAGGGAUCAUCUCGAUUGCUUACAAGGAAAGCCUCUUGAUUUUGCUGCACGUCUGGAUAUUGCAAUUGACAUUGCUCAUGCUGUUACUUACCUCCACAUGUAUACAGAUCACCCUAUUAUCCACAGAGAUAUUAAAUCAUCCAAUGUUCUUCUUACAGAAACACUACGUGCUAAGGUUACAGAUUUUGGAUUUGCUCGCUUUGGUAUGAAUGAAAGUGAAGCUUCGUAUAUUACCACCCAGGUUAAAGGGACUGCAGGAUAUGACGAUAAACAAAAUCCUUCUGUCGGGUCUAAGUAG